AAGGCGCUAAGUAGGUAGUGAAUACCUAACAGUUCCUAACACCUAAUAAUCGGACGGGAAGUUUGUGUUUAAAGUCAGGCCGUGAUGACGUAUUCACUUUUCCACCAGUCCGGCUGUGCUUUCCCACUUUCCUGACUUUUAUUGAUGUUUAAACGCUCUGUGAUACGUGGUUCAGGCACUACUACCUUGUACCUUUUCUCUCGACCAAUCUCUAUUAAAUUGGCAUGCGCUCUCCUUCAGCUAUUUCUAUUUCUACCUUCCAUAAAACCCAACAUUUAAUCUCGCAACAACACCAACUUCCAUCCUCUUCUUCCUUGUUACACCACAUCGCAAGCAACGACUUCCGUAAACAACUACCAACCAGACGUCUAUUCCAUACAACCGUCUCUUUCAAGAUGCCUACCUACAUUGUUACCUGCAAUCCGGAUGCCACCCCCGAGCAAAUUGCUGCAGCAAAGAAGCAUGCCGAGGACCAAGGCGGUAAGAUUGGCCACGAGUACAAUCUUCUCAAGGGCUUCUCAGUAACAUUCCCUAACGAUGCCUUCACUACAUUGGAGUCGUACGAGCACAUCAAAGGUGUUGAGCUCGACCAAGAAGUGAGGACUCAAUGAUCUCAGUGAUGGAUAUAGUGAGACAGUGAGGGGCAAUUAGGCAAUAGGACAUGGCACGAGCGAGCGCGUAUUCGAUGCGGGGUCUUCGGGGCACAGCUGCAUCUUUUAGUCUUAAGAUCACCUGGCAGAAAGCUUGACUGAACUUGGCUUAUAGCUUAUGCAACAAUAAAGAACAAUACAUUCCUAACCUAAUGAGUUCAUAUUUCAUAACAGUUAUUUCUUAUCUGAAUA